UCAUCAAUAAAAACAAUAGGCUUCUCUGGGAAAUCACAAGUCAUACCGUUGACAGAGCCCGUUCCAAUGCUCAUUGCAGGAAGAGUCAUUUGUGCUCCUUUGCUAUAUUCGGCCUACACCCCAGUAAAUUUGUUAGGAAGAGACAUUUUGUGUCCCUUGAAGGCUAAAAUCAUGUGCACCCAAGAUGGGUUGUAUUUGGAUUUCCCUGAUGAUCCCCCACAAGGCAUGAUGUCCCAGCUUCCCCAAACUACACCAGACAAACAGCAGGCCCUGGUUUAUUGGCUUCAGUUGACACCUGAGGAGUCACAUCUUCAACAGAAAUGGGCUGAAUGGGGGGCGUGGAUUCGCAUGCACUACGACACAGCACACACCCCCACUCUCCCACUGCAUUGCACGCUCAUGUAUGACAAAGAUCAGACUCAUGUAGAUUACCAAGAAUGCUGGGAUGCAAUAGUUAACAAAAAACCAUGUUUGAUCACAAGUGAAGACAUAUUUCUGGGAGCAGAGGGUGUAGCAGCUGCAGUUCGCCUUCCAGAUGAAUUAUCAGGGUGGUUUCAGGUACCUAACUCCACGCCACAUGUCACAUUGUUGGUGGCAGAACAUUAUGAGUCUCAUCAUCUUGGUCCCAUGGUCAAGCGUGCCAUGCAGGUGCAAGAGUGGAUACCUACACAAAGCAAAUACAUCCAUAUUUCUAAAGACAAACAGUUCAUCAGAAUCUCACUUAAAGUAGGUGAUGAGGCACUAGCAGACAAGGUGGUGGUAGAUGUAGCCACAUCCACCCAAAUGGCAAUUGCAACAGAACAUGAGGAGAUGUUAAAUCAAGUCCCAUCACAACUGUGGACAGCUCACAAAACAGACGUGGGUUUAAUUAAAUCAGCUCAGCCAGUUCACAUUAAGCUAAAACCACACGUUAACUUACCAUAUCAAAAACAGUAUCCUCUCAAGCAACAUGCCAUUGAUGGUAUCAGACCAACAAUUAAGGGGUUGGUAGAGGCAGGGGUAUUGGUUGAGACUAGAAGCCCCUGUAACACACCUAUCUUCCCCAUAAGAAAACCAAAUUCAACAGACUACCGUUUGGUCCACGACUUACGAGCUGUAAACGCAGUAAUAGACGGGGAAAUACCACACGUUCCAGACCCACAUACGUUGCUCUCAAAUAUUCCACCAGACACCCAGUGGUACACAGUCAUUGAUCUGUGUUCAGCUUUUUUCAGUGUACCACUACACCCAGAUUCUCAGUAUUUGUUUGCCUUCACGUAUGAAGGUCGGCAAUUUACAUAUAAGCGCCUCCCGCAGGGCCUAUCCGAGUCACCUUCGCUCUUCAACCGUGCGCUGACACAGGACUUGGCAAGUUUGAAUGUGCCAAGCACUGUGUUACAGUAUGUGGAUGAUUUGCUUAUCUGUAGUGCAACCAAAGAACAGUGUGAGAAAGACUCCAUUGCUGUGCUUACAGCCUUGGCAGAAGGAGGACAUAAAGUCAGUAAAAACAAACUGCAAUUCUGCCAGCAGUCAGUAGAGUAUUUGGGGAGACAAUUGUGUGGAGAUAAAAGGUUUAUUGCACCCUCGCAAUUGGAAGCAGUAAUCAAGGCCCCUCAACCGCAAACGGUUGGUCAGAUGCUGUCUUUUCUGGGUAUGACAGGUUACAGCAGACCUUGGAUUUGUGACUAUGCCAUAAAAACUGCUCCCCUCAGGGCUCUGAUUAGGGCAGCAGGACAAACAAACAACGCAGCACAGUUGCAGUGGACAGAUGAGGCGGAGGGAGCGUUCCAAGCCUUAAAGAAUGACAUGCAAUCUGCCCCUGCGUUGGGGACUCCUAAUUAUGCUAAACCUUUUCACCUUUAUGUUGCAGAGAAAUCUGGUUUUGCGUGUGCUGUCCUGAUGCAAGACACACCUACAGGUAAACAACCACUAGCUUAUUACAGCACCAAACUUGAUAACAUAGAGGCUGGUUUGCCACCCUGCUACCAGGGAUUGGCGGCAGCUGCCUUUGCCUUUCAGAAAGCAUCAUCGCUGACCAUGGGACAUCCUGUGACACUGGCUGUGUUCCAGCAGGUGAAGGGUGCCACUGAGAACAGAGGGGUCGACAUCCCAAGAGACCUCCAAAGAAUACGUCCAGGAGAGCUGGUGUACGUCAAGGUGUUCAAAAGAAAGUGGGACCAGCCACGAAGGGAAGGUCCAUACAAGGUGAUACUUGCCACACCAACUGCCUUGAAAGUUGAAGGUAAGGACGUUUGGUUCCACCUUAACCACUGCUGCAGAGCUAACCCACAAGUCCCAGAGAGACCACCCAUACCCCGGCCCAGACGCAGGCAGAGAGCAGUUCCCCCAGAUCCACAAGGGGACGGCGAGGCCGCCCCAAGGGCAGAGAGAGAUCAACCAGAAGGGGAUGGCGACGCCUCCCCACAGGAACAGGGGACAAGAAGGUCAGCACGCGUUGCACAGAGACGCAGGGCAGAGGCAACCCAGGGCGAUGGCAGCAGUUCAACCCAGAGUGAGAGCAGCGGGUCGCUACCAGAGAGGGCACAGGCCCAGCAUCAGGCUCAGACACAGGCCCAGCACCAGACACGGGCACAGGUUCAGACUCAGGCUCAGACUCAGACUCGAGAGACACAGACACAAGAGAAUCAGACCCUGAAGAAGGAACAGCCCCCCGGCAAGCAGGAGGGUCUGAAGAUCAGGAGGCAGAGAGACUGA